GCACUGGUUGUUGUGACAGGCUUGGUUUAAGUUUAAGUCUUCGAUGCAAGUGAAUGCCAAGGUAGACAGGUGUCUUGAAAUUUACCACUUAAGUCCCUGAUACAAGUAGAAAAUGUAUUUCGUUUUGAUUGCUAUGGCCCGUGCUUCGAAUAGCAAAGAUGUCAUGGAGUUGAGGAGCUCUCACCUAACCUAGUCUCUAGACUGUAGCUGUACAAGAAGAAGUGCGCAGAAAAAUGACAGAAGAUCAUUCUCUUAGUUUUUUUAAAACAGCCAUCAUGAGGUACACGGUGCUGGCGCCCCUCACGGUGCGGCCCAACUCCGAGUACGCCGUGGCCGUGUCCAUGCACGACGGCGACAAGGACACGACCGUCCACCUGGAGCUGGUGUCUCGCGACGACGGCGUCAACCGCACCUACUCCCAGGACGUGGUAGUGCCGCCCAACAGCUCGCGCACCGCCCGCCUACAGGUGGGUGAACUGGGCACCGGCAAAAUUGUCUUAAGUGCCCGCGGCGGCGAGGGCGACGGACGAUGGUUCAACUCGACGGAGCUGACGCUCGGCACCAAGAACGCGUCGCUCUUCAUCCAGACGGACAAGGCCCAGUACAAGCCCGGGCAAGGUGUGCGCAUCCGGGUGCUGGCCCUCGACCCCCGGCUCAGGCCCACCGUGCAGGCGCCGCUCGAGAUCUACAUCACGGAUGGCAAGGGCAACCGCAUCAAGCAGUGGGCGUCGGAGCACACCCGCAGCGGCAUCUGGUCCACCGUGCUGCAGCUCUCCGAGCAGCCCGUGCUGGGCGACUGGACCGUGACGGCGUCCCUCGCCGGCUCGCCGAAGGUCAACAAGGUGUUCUCCGUGGCCGAGUACGUGCUCCCGACCUUCGAGACGUCAGUCAAGGCGCCGUCCGCCGUCGCCUUCAAGCACGGCAAGAUCGUCGUCACCGUCAACGCAAAGUACACCUACGGCAAGCCCGUGGCGGGCAAGGCCACCGUCAAAGCCGCGCUGCCCUACUACUAUGUGUACGACUACGACAACAUGGGCCCCGUGCCUAUAUUCGGCGGCGUCGCUGACGUCAACGCCACCACGACGACGACCACGACGACCACCACCACGCCGCGCCCACCUAGGCCCUCGCACAUCGAGAAAACCGUGCCCAUCGACGGCACGGCAACAGUGGAGUUUGACAUCACGGAGGAGCUGAAAAUGAAGGAUUCAGUGUACUGGAACCAAGUCCAGUUUGAGGCGUGGGUCGUCGAGGGCCUCACGGGUCGCAGGCAAAACGCCAGCGGCUCCGCCAGCACGCAGGUCAGGAAGAACGACUUCGACUUGGAGUUCGUCGAUUCUCCGCACCAGUUCUCCGCCGGCGAGUUGGUGAUCGUGAAGGUGAAGGUUGCGGACCUGGACGGCGCGCCCGUGCAGGACGACAAGAACCCCGUAAAGCUGGAGAUACGCAGAGGGUGGAGCGACAACCAAACAGCGACGGUGGCCGAGAAGAAGUUGCCGUCCAACGGCAUCGUGUCAUUUGAGAUAGAGACGAAGAAGGACGUGGAUAACUACCAACUGGUGGCCACUUACAAGGAGUCCGACACUCAUCAUUAUAUGCAUCUAAAGCGGCAGGAGCGCGAAUCAGAGGAAGACCUCCACGCCGACGUCUCCAAAGAGACUGUCAAGGUCGGAGACGAGGUGGAGGUGCGCGUCAAGAGCACGCAGGCCUUACAGAAGGUGACGCUGCUGGUGAUCGGGCCACUCGGCGUACGGGAAAUUCAGACGCUCUCCCUGCAGGGCGAGGCGGGCAAGAAGGAGGCCUCCGCGCGCUUCACGGCCUCUGAUGAUAUGGUGCCAGCCUCGCGCGUCCUGGUCCACGGCGUCAAGGACAACGGCGAGCUCAUCACCGACGUCACGGCCUUCAAGGUGACAGGGUUCACGCCGGAGGUGCAGGUGCGCGUCGACCCGGGCCGCAGCGAGCCCGGCCGCGAUGUCAUGCUGCAAGUGGCUGCCAAGCCCAACGCCACGGUGGCGCUGCUGGCCGUGGACCAGAGCGUGCUGCUGCUCAAGGAGGCCAACAACGUCAUCUCGCUGGACGACCUGCGCAACGAGCGCCUGAGCUACGAGUCGACGACGCCCUCGCCGUGGGGCUCAUUCGGCGGCCCGGGGGCCGAGAGCCUCCUGGGCAGCUGGCGGGGCUGGGACGAGACACCCGAGGAAUCCUUCAAGAAAGCUGGACUCGCGUACCUGACCAACGCCAAGAUUCCCAGGAAGCAACAGACUUACUUUCUAGAUGGGAUUGGCGGGUUUGGCGGUGGAGUCGCCUUCGCAUCAGCAGUCGGUGCCCCAGGAGCCCCCGCCAUGGCCAGACCGGAGAUGGCCAUUCGGCCCAUGGCGGCCUCUGUCGGGGCCGGCGGCGCGGUAGCAGCAGCACCGCCCAGGCUGCGCACCCUCUUUCCGGAGACCUGGCUGUGGCAAGAACUCGACUCUGGGGCUGACGGCAACGUGAGCCUGAAGACGGUAGUGCCCGACACCAUCACGUCGUGGGUCAUCUCAGCCUUCGCCGUCGACCCGGUGCACGGGCUAGGCCUGAGCAACACGACUAAGCUGACGGUGUUCAGGCCCUUCUUCGCCUCGCUGAGCCUCCCCUAUUCGGUGAUUCGCGGCGAGACCGUGGAGGUGCCGGUCCUGGUCUUCAACUACAUGGACGAGCCCACGACGGCGACCGUCACGAUGGACAACAAGCUCGGCGAGUUCGACUUCGUCGAACCCAAAACCUCGCAACGAAAGAGGCGCGAGGCGGACGCGACGAGCGCAACCAGGACGGUGGAGGUGCCCGCGCAGGGCUCCGCGGGUGUCUCCUUCAACAUCACGACCAAGAAGGUCGGCAACGUGAUGCUCAAGGUGACGGCCCUGGCCAAGGACAAGGCCGGCGACGCCGUGGAGCGUCCACUCAAGGUCAAGGCGGAGGGCGAGCCCCAGUACCGAAACAAGGCCAUCCCCAUCGACCUCAGGAAGGAGAAGGAGUUCAAAACCACCGUCAAAAUCGACAUGCCCGGCAUGGUGCCCGACUCAGAUAACGUGGAAGUGUCUGCAAUUGGAGAUAUCCUCGGACCAACCACUGCCAACUUGGACAGCCUCAUCCGAAUGCCAUACGGCUGCGGCGAGCAGAAUAUGCUGAACUUCGUGCCGAAUAUUGUCAUUUCCAAGUAUUUGAAGCGCACUCGUCGCUCCACCGCGCUCGUUGAGAGCCAGGCGCGCUCCUUCUCCGAGAUCGGCUACCAGAAGGAGAUGACCUACCGCCACAAGGACGGCUCCUUCAGCGCCUUCGGCGAGAGCGACAAGAGCGGUAGCACUUGGCUGACGGCGUUCGUGGCCAAGUCGUUCGAGAUGGCGCGCUCCGCCGACCUGGUGCAGGUCGAGCCGCGCGUGGUGGACGAGGCGCUCACGUGGCUGGCCAAGCAGCAGGCCGAGAACGGCUCCUUCCCCGAGGUGGGCACGGUGAGCCACCGCGACAUGCAGGGCGGCGCGGCCAAGGGACUGGCGCUCACCGCUUACGUGCUCACCGCCUUCCUGCAGGGCCAGGACUCCGACUCCACCUACAAGCAUCAGGACACCGUCAAGAAGACCCUCGAGUACCUCGUCGCCAACCUGGACGGCCUGGACGACCCCUACUCCAUCGCCAUCACCACGCACGCGCUACACGUGGCCGGCCACCCCGCCAAGGACAAGGCCUUCAAGCUGCUGCAGGACAAGGCCAGCACUGAGGCCGGCCACCGCUUCUGGAGCAAGCCCGUGGAGAGCGACAAGGACAACCCUUACUGGUCGCAGCCCAACUCCGUCAACGUCGAGAUGACCGCGUACGCCCUGAUGACGUACGUGUCGCGCGGGCUGCUGGACGAGGCCCUGCCCAUCAUGCAGUGGCUAGUGUCGCAGCGCAACUCCAACGGCGGCUUCGCGUCCACCCAGGACACCGUCGUGGGGCUGCAGGCGCUCGCCUCCAUGGCGGAGCUCAUCUCCUUCCCGCUCGGCGACAUGAGGGUGCAGUUCAAGUACGCCGACGCUGCCGCGGGCGACAGCAAGGGCCCCAAGGAGGCGACCAUGGUCGUCAACAGCAAGACCAGCAUGGUCUUCCAAAAGGAGGAGCUCCCCCGCCACGUUCGCGAGGUCGAGGUGGCUGCCGACGGCGCUGGUUUCGCCCUGGCCCAGGUGUCCUGGAGCUUCAAUGAGGAUACGGUGGGGAAGCACCCCCUGUUCAACCUCAAAGUCGACGUGGACAAUAACACCGCUACCAAUCUCCUGGCGCUGCGCGUCUGCUCUAGCUUCAUUGGUGGGCGUUGGGGCAACGAGAGCAACAUGGCCGUGGUAGAGGUCACACUGCCGUCCGGUUUCACAGCAGACGAGGAUGCCUUGUCGGACCUCAAGGCUAACGCCCUGGUGCGGCGCGUCGAGACCAAGGACCAGGACACUGUGAUCGUCUUGUACUUCGACAAGAUGGAGACCAAGGACUACUGCGUCGACGUGUCGGCGAUCCGCACGCACCUCGUGUCCAACCAGAAGCCGGUGCCCGUCACAGUCUAUGACUACUACGACCAGAGCAGACGAGCACGUGUGUUCUACGAAGCGCCCCCUGCCGACCUCGGAGACAAGCAGCACUGAUUCGCAAGAUUUUCACCUUUCACCAUCAUUUUUCUACAUUUUGCAUAAAUCAACGGAAAACUGUGUUGAAAAUAAAGACAACAUAAACAUU